UUUGGUUGCGAGACGACUCGCUGCUUCAGUUUCUUCCCAUUUUCGACUCAAUCAUCUGGACGAAGUUUGUUUUCGGAUUUGCCCUGUGGAUAGGCAAUCGACAAUGGUUUCUUCCUUCGCCACCGUAACCAAUUAUUUUAUAGCUGUUAUUGCAGUCCUGGCUUUGUUGGAGAAUCUGCUGGUGAUGGUGGUGUUAGCCAAAACCAGCCAUCUCCGCAUCAAGUACUUCGCCUUCGUCUUCAGUCUCGCCCUGGCCGACCUGGUGUUUUCUGUGAUGGCAAUUGCCUUUUCCAUAAACAGGGCACAAUUCCUUUCUGCCCUUCUCCAGUCGAGUUUCUUCGUUUCCGUGCUGAUGAUUUUAGCAGUGGCUGUGAACCGCUACCUGGCACUGACUAUCACGCCGCCCUCUCGCUAUGACGCGUUGGUGACGCGAUGCCGCCUGGUAGUGGUUUGCCUUCUCCUUUGGUGUUUCUCCCUCGCACUUCACUUGCCGGUAGUCUUGGUGGCAUCUAGUGAGGUUCGCUUGAUUCUAUCAGCGUGGUUUAGAUCUCCGUUAAUACUCGCUGUGUGGAUCGUGACCGCUGUGCUGUACUUCUUCGUCUUCAGAAAGAUCAAGGGCUACGUUCCCCCGCUUGCAUCAAGCCCAGGUCUCUCCAUCCCUGAUGACUCGGAACAGGCCGCUACUCGUGUUCGUCAGACCCGUCGCUUGUUGGUCACUUUCUCCAUCAUUCUUGUGACAUCAUGCAUUUGUUGGAUCCCUUACAACAUCGGCCAGAUAAUUGAGUAUUUCAUCGAAACUGGUCAGAGCACAAUCUCCGACGAUACCUCCAAUAACUACAACACGUUUACCGGUUUUAUUUAUUGUCUGUCUCCAGCUAUCAACCCGCUAAUCUACUGGUGGCGUUUGGAUGGUUUCAGGCAGGGCUUCAAUGCACUAUUCUGUCGCUGUCUGCCUCAGAAUCAGGAUUUUGGAGAAAUGGUUGAUUACGAAGUCCAGCAAAAUACCGAAACCAUGGGAUAAAAAAAUGGCCAAAAAGAUAGUUGGAUGAGUGUGGACUCAUAAUUUGGUUAUAUUUCUUGAUAUAAUAGUUCAAUUCUUUCACCAUUUGAUUUCCGCCGGAAUUCUGCUGGGGUUUGUAGGCUUGUACCAAAAUGCAGUAUACAAACGUGUUCUAGUGUUUUAGUAUACAAAUAGUGAGUGGAUCAGCGUGAAAUGGGAGGAAUAUUAUCGCAAGGUAAAGUAUGGACUUUUCCAUUUCACGAGACGAAGCUGAGUG